CUGGAAGAACCAGCCCAAAAAAACUAUGUUGGCACCAGUGCAACAUGUCUUUGUUCUUCCCUGACGCGAUGGGCGAGAACGACGACGAUAACAGUGAACUGAGCGACCAGGCAAGGUUCCUAACCAAGGGGGCCUUCCUGUUAACACCAUCGCACGACUUAAGCCUGGACAAGGCGGCCAACAUUUGCGAUAAACUCAACUUCAGAGGAAGCUUUAGUCUGACCAAGACCGCAACGGGAAUCCUCUUCAAAUUCUCCGAUCCUGAGGAUUUCCAGCAAGUUUUCCGCAAAGGCUUCCACCGAGUGACCGGAGGACGCUUGUACCGAAAAGUCAACAUUCCGUGCCGACCCCAGAAAACCUUCUCGAUGCUGGUGCACGAGGUGCCCAUCGACCUGCCCGAAGACGACAUCCGCGCCAGUCUAUACCGAUACUCCUCAGUGGUCGAAGUGACGCGAGUGUCCCCGAAGCUGGACCAAGCCCCAGGUACCCCGAACCCGAUCCGGGUGACCGUAGCCUCCCUGGACGAGUACAACCAACUGCUUCAGCAGGGAUUAGAUUUUUACGGAGCGACGUAUUUUCCGACCGAGCCGUUGAAAAAAGACCAACUAAGAGGAAGCAAAGAGAAGCUGUUACCGGUCUUCGAUUCGGCUGGAUUUACACGAUUACCGGCACCAGCGAGUCGUCUUUUGAAACCGUCACGACCAUGAAGCGCACGAUUUAACUACUGUUUUGGUUGUCGCUGUAUCAAUGCACGUUUUAAAAAAUAAACCAUUUAUUGCUACAUAAUCCUCGCAUAUUAAAAAUAAUGAGGCCGCAACUAACAAUGAAAACUCGACGAAUACGAAUCCGGCUCGAGAAAAGCGUAACUUAAUCUUUUAAUUAUAAUUUUGAAUAAUGGGACUUAUUUAGGGGCCGACUUGAGAGCCCGGCGAAAAUUCACAGAUACGAGAUGGUUCUAAAUAAAAAACAUACAACGUUU